GUUUCAGCGUGGUUGAUGCGCGUGUUUUGGUUAUUAUUAGCAAAAAUUGCCGGAUAAAUACCAAUUUUAUUGGUAAUACAAGUGAAACCGGAGAGUUUUAUUCUGUUUUUACGAUUUCUAGUUCAACUAACAAAAGUGAGACCCAAGAAGCGAAGAUGUCGCUUAAAAUCACCGGAAAAUCUGAGGGACAGCUUCAGCUGCAUCUCACAACCAAGCAUACACAAUUUGCUGUUCCAGAUGCGCCAAUUUCCAUUAGAGCCAAUGUGAGUAGCAAGGAGCUAAACGUGCUGAUAAAUACUUUACUAAAGGAUUCCGGUAAUCCGGAAGCCGGUAAAGUUGAAUUUGAUUUCCUGCUCAAUGGUGAAUUCGUCAAGAUUCCGCUUGGACAACACUUGAAGGAACGGGAGAUUUCCUUUGAAGAUACGGUUGAAUUGGAAUAUGUCGAACGAUACCCAGCACCGGAACCACAAGAUUGUCUGCUGCAUGACGAUUGGGUUUCGGCAGUGGAAGCUAGCGAGAAGUGGAUUCUCACCGGGUGUUAUGACAACACGUUGAACAUUUGGACCACGAAAGGCAAGCAUAAGCUUACUAUUCCGGGUCAUGUAGCACCAGUCAAAGGAGUUACGUGGAUUUCGUUGGACGAAGAGAAGGGAGUUUUCGCAAGCGCUUCCCAGGAUCAAAGCGUUAUGCUUUGGGAAUGGAAUGUGGCCAGCAAUUCGGUCGAAUGCGUUCAGGUGUGCAAGGGACAUGAACGGGGUGUAGAUUGUAUAGCGGCAAACAAAAGUAAGACCCGAAUCGCCACCGGUAGCUGGGAUACUAUGCUGAAGGUUUGGUCCACCGAUAUCCGUAGCACGGAUGGAGAUCAGCAAUCGGAACAACCAUCUACCAGCAAACGACAGAAACUUGAUCAGGGUAGUGCUCGAACACCGAUUUUGACUCUGGCCGGCCAUCGAGAAUGCGUUUCCGGGGUGCAGUGGAUGGACGAUAGCACAAUUAUAACUUCUUCCUGGGAUCACACCAUCAAAAUUUGGGAUCUAGCACUCAACGGGGUCAAGUCAGAAAUCGCUGGACAUAAGUCGUUUUUCGAUUUGAGCUAUUCUCCUCUGAAUGGGUUGAUCAUUGCUGCGUCGCCGGAUAAAAAUUUGCGGCUAUACGACCCUAAAUCUAAUCAGGGUACCAUCGUCAAAAGCACGUUCCUCGGGCACACUCAAUGGGUCCAAUCGGUAUGCUGGAGCACUAUCAACGAGUAUUUGUUCGUGUCGGGAGCGUACGAUAAUUGCGUGAAAUUGUGGGACUACCGCAGUCCAAGGGCUCCCAUUUUCGAGUUAAUUGGACACGAAGAUAAGGUGCUGGCCUGCGACUGGAGCAACCCCCGUUACAUUCUAUCCGGUGGCUCCGACAAUUCGGUUCGUGUUUUCAAAUCCAAAAUAGCCAUCGGAGAAAGAUCGUGAGCGUUCUAAUUCUAGCGAAUCGCGCCAGAGAAUUUUCAAACCGUUUAUUGUUACAACUGAAAUAACGAGUAUUCCCUCACAACAGGAAUGAUACUCGCUUGUGCAAAUGUUUAGGAGGUGACAAAUAAAAUUACACUUAAAUGAUGUUUACAGAA